ACCAAAUUCAGACGCCCGCCGGCUCGGCCUAUCUUGGGGCGGCCUGGCGGAUUUAUGGCCUGGGACGUGCCCUGCAUCCUGAACCAGUUCGCCGCGAGUCUCGCGAGAGCGGAGGACGCCGCCGGCGUGGGCCCCCGCGCGCGGCGGUACAACGCGACGGGCUGGUCGUUCGUGAGGAUGGCCGACCUCGCGGACAAGUCGUGGUCGAACUGGGCGCGCCACCGGGCGGCCGUCGUGCUGCCCUACGACCCGCAGCAGAUCGUGUUCUACGAGCUGUACGGCAUGGGCCUCCCCCUGCUCGUCCCCAGCGAGAGCCUGCUGCCCCUCAUGAUCAGGCUGGGAUACACGAACCUCAGGGACUUCGCACGGACGCGACCUGGUUGGACCGUGCCUGCCGACGAGCUGGGCUGCAUGUGGACAGAGGAAUGCCUCUGCGCCGACAUCGAGCGGAUUCUGGACUGGAUGAAGAAUUGGUGUUUUCUCAGCUGCGUGUGGGAGCUGCGGUGGUGGUCCUCCCUGACGGACUACGCGCGCAUGCCCCACCUGCUCCGGUGGUCCUCCUUCCCGGAGCUGAUGGCGCGCCUGGUCCACACCGACCUGCCAGGCCUCUCCGCGCGCAUGCGCCGAGAGAGCAACGUGCUGCUCGUCCGCAGCGCCGAUUUCUGGCGCGGAGCCUUGGCGCGCGCCAUGAUGAGUUGACGGGCGGCGCGUGCGCGGAGCAGUA